AUGGACAUUGCUCAUCAUGUCCCAAGGUUGAGUUGCUUAAUCUUGGAGUGUUCACCUGCACCUUUAAAAAGCAGACCCCACACUCUAUUUAACCAGUGUGUGACUGAGAUGAGAAGUGAAACACAGAAAAUGAAGAGCUCUGUUGGACCUCUGCUGCUGAUCUCCCUUGCUGCUUUUGUCUCUGUGACAUUGGCCAGGAGUGUCUUCACCUUUAAGGAUGUCCUUGCUGCGGCCACUGCAGACUUCAACCAGAAAAGCCAGGAAACAAAAGCUUUCGGACCUCCGAAACAGGGUGCUUUGCGGUCAAUGUCAAUGUUUGAGCCCGGAGAUGGCUCUGUCAUGAUCAAGUCCAUCACGUUCACACUUAAGGAGACGGUGUGCCCCAAAUCAGAAGACUACCUAAAGGACGAGUGCAUCUUCAAGGAAAAUGGGUCUCUGAAGAAGUGCUCCAGUACAGCCACAGUCCUCAAGUCACAGCCAGGAGAGGCAGCGUCUCUGACAGUGUCCUGUCAGGAGGUCACAGAUCCAGAGGAGCGCAAGACACUCUCAGAGCCCCCAAGUUGGACAAAAUAUUUCAGCAACUGGUGAAGGCUGCACGAACCCACAGCAUCUCCUUUGUUUUAGGCCUAUCUAUCAUGACAGUGAUAUGAUAAAUAAAAAAUGCUUUAACUCCCUCAGUGCCAGAAGUGCCUUAAGGCGCCCUCACUAUCAAUGUUCUAGAGUUCCAGGGUCACCUAUAAGUGCACUGAGCUUGUAUUUUACAACCCCUUGAGGUGUUUGAUAUGUUGAGGGGGGUGGGGUAUUUGACAAAAACUUCAAUUAAUCAAGAUUAGUAGACUAAAUGUCAUUAUUCUUAUUUUCAACAAUCUUACAGACCCAAUGCUGCCUGAGAUGGUAAAGGGAGAGCAAGGAUAGGGAGCUGGAGAGGUAGAAGGGGAGGGAGAGUGAGGGGUAGGUUGAUUAGCAAACUUCUUCAAGGAGUCUUUAGUAUACAAUAUAUAUUAUUUUACACCUCAUAAUUUACACCUAUUAUCUUCAUAAGAAUAUAAUUUGGUUAGAGAGUGUGCUUUGAAGUCUCCACUGGCCUUUUUUUUUACCUGCCUUGACAGCUUAGAGCAGACUGCUUAUGCUUGAUUGUAUUGUCAUCAAAUGUUUUACCAGGAUUUGGUAAAAUGGCUAUUUAUCCAUUUGAAAUCAUGUGACAAUGAUUUUUCAAGGAUUAAAUCGUAGAACUCGCAAUUA